UCCACCUUCCACAAUACUGUCUCGUAAGUCCACAUCUCUCCUAUCUUACAUUACAUCGACAGUUUGUGACAAAAAAAAUUCAAUCAAUACUGCAGAAAAGUAUUUGGGAAGUAAAGAAUGAGCGGAGAAAAGGCGCCGCCGGGGAGGGAGAAGAUGAAGGAGGAGGAGCUGGAGCUGGAGCUGGAGGAGGAGGAGGAGAAGGUACAGAAGGUGACGUUCUACAAAUUGUUCGGGUUCGCGGACAGGCUCGAUGUGGUUAUGAUUGUUAUUGGAACGAUAUGCGCGAUUGGGAACGGGCUGUCGCAGCCGAUGAUGACAAUCGUGCUGGGUCAGCUUAUUGAUAACUUUGGUUCUGCUAAUUCUUCCAACGUUUUGGAUCAAGUUUCACAGGUAUCCCUGAAUUUUGUGUAUUUGGCUAUUGCCACAGCCAUCCUUGCAUUUCUGCAGGUGGCAUCUUGGACGGUGUCCGGGGAAAGACAGGCCGUCCGGAUAAGGGGUUUGUACUUGAAAACAAUACUAAGACAGGACAUUGCCUUUUUUGACACUGAAACAAAAACUGGAGAAGUCAUUGGAAGGAUGUCUGGAGACACAGUUCUUAUUCAAGAAGCCAUGGGAGACAAGGUUGGGAAGUUUAUACAGCUUUGGUCGACUUUACUUGGAGGCUUUGCCGUUGCCUUGAUCAAAGGAUGGCAUCUCACCGUAGUGUUGAUUGUGUGCCUGCCAAUUAUUGUCAUUGCUGGUGCAGUCAUCGGACGAAUCAUCUCAACAAUUGCAACCCAUGUUCAAAAAGCAAAUGCCGAUGCUGGAGAUGUUGUGGAACAAGCAGUUGGAGCCAUUAGAACAGUCGCAUCCUUCACCAGGGAGAAACAAGCAAUCGAGAAAUAUAACAGCAAGCUGCAAAUAGCAUAUGAUGCUACAGUUAAACAAGGGCUGACCUCCGGCUUAGGACUUGCAAUAAUAAUGUUUGUUGUCCUCGGUGCUCAUGCACUCGCUAUAUGGUACGGAUCAAAAUUGAUCAUAGAUAAGGGAUACAAGGGAGGACAAAUUAUUAAUGUCUUAUUUUCUAUCGCGAUUGGUGGAAUGGCAAUGGGCCAGUGCGCCCCUUGUUUAAGUACAUUUGCUUCAGGGCAGGCUGCAGCAUACAAGAUGUUAGAGACGAUAAAAAGACAACCAAAGAUCGAUGUCUAUGACACCAGUGGGAUGAUAUUGGAGAACAUGAAUGGUGAAAUUGAACUGAAAGAUGUGUGUUUCAGAUACCCUUCCAGGCCCGAUGUGCUGGUAUUUUCCGGAUUCUCAUUACAUGUUACUAGCGGCACAACUGCAGCUCUAGUUGGGCAAAGUGGAAGUGGGAAGUCCACAGUUAUCAAUUUGUUGGAGAGGUUCUAUGAUCCUGAUGCUGGAGAAGUUCUUAUAGAUGGUGUUGAUAUAAAGAAGUUGCAGCUUAAGUGGCUUAGAGAGCAGAUUGGGCUAGUUAGUCAAGAACCUGUACUGUUUGCAACUACUAUAAAGGAGAACAUAUUAUACGGGAAAGAAAAUGCAACAGAUGAAGAUAUUAAAACUGCAAUUGGGCUCGCUAAUGCAGCAAAAUUCAUCGAUAAGCUGCCCCAGGGGCUUGACACAAUGGUGGGAGAGCAUGGCACUCAGCUAUCCGGUGGACAGAAGCAAAGGAUAGCAAUUGCAAGGGCCAUACUCAAGAACCCCAAAAUUCUUCUCCUUGAUGAAGCAACAAGUGCUCUAGAUGCCGAGUCUGAGCGCAUUGUCCAAGACGCGCUAGUAAAGGUUACAUCAAAUAGGACUACUAUUAUUGUUGCACAUCGUUUAACAACGAUAAGGAAUGCUGAUAUAAUAGCAGUGGUUCAACAGGGGAAGCUUGUUGAGAAAGGAACUAAUGAGGAGUUGAUUGGAAAUCCGGAAGGGGCUUACUCACGGCUAAUUCGCCUCCAAGAAGAAGCUAAGAAAGAAGCUGAGCACUCUAACGUCGAUUUAAAAUCAAGUUUCGAUAUGGAUAAAACUAUCUCAAGGUCUUCGAGGAGUUUAUCCAUGCGUAGAUCAGUAGGCAGUGUCUCAUCUGGCAGCCGCCGGUCCUUCGCAAUUAGCACACUUGGCUUUGGAGUUCCAAGAAGUAUUGAUGUCCAUGAAACUGAAGUUGAGGAGGAGAGUGUUGGAAGAGGAAGAAAUGAGAUUGGUACAGGGAAGCGCAAGAGAGUUCCCUUCUCUAGGUUGGCUUCCUUGAAUAAGCCAGAGAUACCAGUCUUGUUGCUUGGAUCUGUGGGUGCAGUCAUCCACGGUUUAUUUUUUCCAAUAUUUGCUCUCAUAUUAUCAUCAGCUGUUAAUACGUUCUUUAAACCUCCAGCACAGUUACGUAAAGAUUCCAGGUUUUGGUCCCUUCUUUAUGUGGGUUUGGGAGUCAUCAAUCUGCUAGCUUUGCCAGUACAGAAUUACUUUUUUGGAGUUGCAGGGGGUAAAUUGAUAGAAAGACUUAGGUCCUUGACUUUUCAGAAGGUUGUGCACCAAGAGAUUAGCUGGUUUGAUGACCCUGCAAAUUCGAGUGGUGCUGUUGGUGCAAGGUUAUCAACUGAUGCUGCUCAAGUACGUAAUGUUGUUGGUGAUGCCUUGGCCUUAUAUAUCCAAAAUAUUGCAACAAUCACAGCAGGGUUGGUCAUAGCAUUUACGGCUAACUGGAUAAUUGCAUUAGUAAUUUUAGGUGUGACGCCAUUGAUAAUCGGCCAAGAGUACCUUCAGACCAAAGUCAUGAAGGGGUUCAGUAAAGGUGCUAAAGUGAUGUAUGAAGAGGCAAGUCAAGUAGCCGACGAUGCAGUUGGUAGCAUCAGAACAGUUGCCUCGUUUUGUGCCGAGAAGAAGGUGAUGGAUUUGUAUGAAAAGAAAUGCGAAGGCCCCUUGAAGAGUGGUGUUCGAAUAGGACUUCUUAGUGGCGCAGGUUUUGGCUUUUCUUUCUUUAUUCUCUACUGCACAAAUGCAUUCUGCUUCUACAUUGGUGCUCUUCUUACCAAACAUGGCAAGGCAACAUUUGGAGAAGUUUUUAAGGUUUUCUUUGCUUUGGCUCUGACUGGAAUUGGGAUUUCCCAAGCCACUGCCAUGGCUCCAGAUAAAAACAAAGCCAAGGAUGCAGUCACUUCAAUUUUUCAGAUUCUUGACAGCAAGCCUAAUAUCGACUCGAGCAGUGAUGAAGGCCUCACAAGAUCUCAUGUCAAUGGCGACAUUACCUUUGAACAUGUCAGCUUCAAAUACCCCACUCGACCAGAUAUUCAAAUUUUGAAGGACUUGUGUCUUAACAUUCCUUCUGGAAAGACUGUGGCUCUUGUUGGGGAGAGUGGCAGUGGGAAGUCGACUGUAAUCAGCCUCAUAGAGAGAUUCUACGAUCCUGAUUCAGGUCAGGUCUUUUUAGACAACUUGGAUAUCAAAACACUUAAUCUUAAGUGGUUGAGGCAACAAAUGGGGCUGGUAAGUCAAGAGCCAAUUCUCUUCAACGACACAAUCCGCGCCAACAUCGCUUAUGGUAAACUGGGGGAUGCCACUGAGGAAGAAAUCAUCGCAGCGGCAAAAGCAGCAAAUGCACACAACUUCAUAUCAGCUAUGCAAAACGGCUAUGACACCUCUCCAGGGGAAAGAGGAGUGCAGAUGUCGGGAGGACAGAAGCAGCGGAUAGCCAUUGCAAGGGCCAUAGUGAAGAACCCAAAAAUUCUUCUGCUUGAUGAGGCAACUAGUGCACUCGAUGCAGCGUCAGAGCACGUAGUUCAGGAAGCAUUAGAAAGACUGAUGGUGAACAGAACAACUGUCGUGGUAGCUCACCGGCUUACCACGAUAAAAGCUGCUGACAUUAUUGCUGUAGUGAAAAAUGGAGUGAUUGCUGAGAAGGGAAGGCAUGAUGAACUGAUGAAGAUCAUUGAUGGGGCUUAUGCGUCAUUGGUGAAUCUUCAAAUGACUUCAUCAUAAGGAGUAAGCGGAAUCUGCAUCCAUUGCUUCGAUGAGGACUUUCUUGGUGUUUUGCUAUUACAUUAUAUUUUCCAUAAAUAAAAUGACUGAUGAAUUAUAGGGAUGGUAAUUCUUAUCCGUCUCGCCCCAA